AUGGGGCGAUGCCUGUCCAAGAAUAAGGUCGAGCCCAUCACAGAAGACAACCAAAUAUAUUUUAUUAAAAAGCAGUUGAAAGAACAUAAGAAGAUCAACAGAUUUCUCCGACUUGCCUUUUGGAGAAAAUCUAACAAAGUCGGAAUCCUCCCAGAAGGGGAGGAUACUCCAUCAGACCCUCCACUAGGGUGUAAGACGUCCUCUGUGGACAGCCUGUCUGACCAUGCGUCACUGAUGAGUCAUGACGAUAGGGUCAACGAGGAGCUAGUGAGGUUGAAGGAUGAAAACUCAACUGCAAACAUCGUUCCAUCAGUAAACCUUCCUGCCCGCCGCCUUCCACCGAUCGGCAUGAACCGAAGCCUGCCGACCAUACAGCAGGACAUGAGCUCGUGUCAAAUCCUGGAGAAGCUUCGAGAGUCUGGAGUUAUUACCAACACUAAGCCUGGACGAAGCGGCUGCUCGUUCGAUAUCAUAGACCGAGCAACACCGGUACUGGAUAUGCCACGAUCAUUGUCCAGACUACAAGAGCGAGAGGAAGACACCGACAACGCGGAAGGAAUUGCGAGGAUUGAGAGGAAGCUCACAGCGGCUGAACGACGACGCAAUGAGUUUCUUGGUCGAAGAAAACAACAACUAGCCGUUCGUCGAUCCGAAAUAAUGCAGAAAAAGGUAGCGGACCAGCGCGAGGCUCGACGGAACCGUCUUAAAGCCAAAAUGAGCGACGCCGAGGCGAGAAGACAGAACCAGCUUCUUUUAAAGGCAAAUCAGGCAAAAUUUAACAGCAGAGAUGUCAAAGAAAAGCUUUCUAAGAUCGAAAAUGAGAAGAAGACCAGCGCUUUCAAUACCUUGCAGCAAAAACAAAACGCCGCCGACAAAGUUCUUCAGAAGAAGGAAGAUGAACGCGCCCUUGCUCAAUUAGCCAACCAGAAGCGCCACCAAGCCGUUCAGUGGAAAAUCAAGGAAGAGAUCCUGCGUGAAAAGGUGGAUAUGGAUUACGAAAUGGAUCCUGACGUUUCAUUCUUUGCUUAUGAAGAAAAAUAUGAUCUGUAAAUUUAACAUCUAAAAUAUUUGUAUUUUACAAGUUUAUAACUUGUUAUAUGUUUGCAAGUUUAUCAUUUAAAAACUUGUUCUUUUUUUUUUAACGUUUUACAAGUUUUUGGCGUAAAAAAGCUUGUUAUAUGUUUGCAAGUUCAUCAUUUGAAAACUUGACAUUUUUUAUAGAAUGUAUAUCUAUAACGUUUUACAAGUUUUAGCGUAUAAAAAAU